UCGCUGCGCUUUCCGCGCACCCGCCAAUAGCAAUCUAGAUGGAAACGGUUUUUAGAUUCAGAAAAACAAGCCGAAUUCACAAUUCAUAUUCAAAACGACGCUGUUUUCACAAUUCCCAUUCUUCUUCUAUAAGAAGAAGAUGGAAUUUCCAUUGAACGAUUUAUCAUAGCAGAAUCUCAAUUACCACUACUAUAAUACAGAUUCUGAAUCCUCUUUUUCAAACAAAAGAGAGAUUCAUUUUUUAAUAAUGGGAAUGAUUGUAGAAGUUGAAACCGUCGAUGAAGACGACGACGUUUUGAUUCCACCGCCUAAUUUCUCCAUGGUAGAAGAUUGCAUUUACCGAUCUAGCCUUCCUCACCCUUCCAGUUUUCCUUUCCUUCAGACGCUAAACCUUCGCUCCAUCAUAUACUUGUGUCCUGAACCCUAUCCGGAGGAGAAUUUGGAGUUUCUUAAAUCACAGAAUAUUCGUUUAUUUCAAUUUGGAAUUGAAGGGAAAACGGAAGUUUCUUUACCUAUUCUCAGUGAUUCUAUUAUGGAGGCUUUGAAAGUUUUACUUGAUGUGAGAAAUCACCCUGUUUUGAUUCAUUGCAAACGAGGAAAGCAUAGAACAGGUUGUGUAGUUGGUUGCUUCAGAAAGAUGCAGAAUUGGUGUCUGUCUUCUGUGUUCGAGGAGUACCAGCGUUAUGCUGGUGCUAAAUCCAGGACAGCGGAUUUAACAUUUAUAGAGAUGUUUGACAUCAUAAAUCUUAGGCAGUGCCUCUACAGCAUCAUCUACCAGUAUCAAGGUGCUUCAAAGAAGCGCAGAUUGAUGUAUCAAGGCGAGACUACGCAGAAGCCACCCCGUUUGACAUCGUUUUAGCUGCUGCACUGGCUAUCAACUCCAUUUUUGGAUUUGGUAGAGAACUCAUACUUCAAAGUAAUUUUUUGGAGUCUUUGAACAUAUAUCCUUAGGGUUUUUAAAGAUCUUUUGAGUACUGCUAUUGACAUGCAUAUUCUGUCUUUGGCUUUCGAAUUUAGUUGUUUUUAAACAUCACACAAAUAUAGUGGUGCAAACAGUGUUUUUUUUCCUUCUAGCGAAUGAGUUGAGAUUAAUGUAGGCUUUCGAAGCCACAUACAUAUCUUGAACUUUUUCCUUUUUAUACUAGAACAAAUUUAACCGAUUUUAUUAACGAGAA